AUGAUUGAAUCAAUUGAUCACAUAGUGAUCACCUGCAAAGAUAUCAAUAAGACAAUCGACUUUUAUACAAAACUCGGAAUGAAACAUACACAAUUCAGUCAAGGAAGAAACGCGCUCGAAUUCGGAAAUCAAAAGAUUAAUUUACACAUUGCCGGACAUGAAUUUGAACCGAAAGCACAGAAUCCCGUACCAGGAUCACAAGAUUUAUGCUUCGUAAUCAGUAUACCUAUCCAGCAAGCUCAAGAUAAGCUAAGCAAGCAUAGGAUAGAGAUUAUUGAAGGACCAGUUCAACGCACUGGUGCAAAAGGACAAAUCAAUAGCGUAUACGUUCGAGAUCCAGAUGGAAAUCUUGUCGAGCUAUCAACGUACAAUGGUUAG